AUGGCUAUCCUCGGGACCAAAGAACACCACGUCGACCCGCGGCUCACGAGCAUCGCGCAGGCCGACACCAAACGAUGGUACCAGAAGCCGAACUUGCGGUCUCUUUACUUGAUCCUGGUCCCGUGCGCCAUGGGCGUCGAGUGGACAUCCGGGUUCGACUCCUCGAUGAUGAACUCGCUGCAAGCCGUCGCCUCGUGGGUUGAGUAUUUCGACAACCCCACAGAAGGCCGACUCGGCCUCUUGAACGCGAUGUACUCGCUUGGCGCGCUCAUGGCCAUCCCCUUUAUCCCCAGCGUCUCGCAGUACCUGGGCCGGCGCUGGUCUAUCAUGGCUGCGUCGUUGAUUCUUUGUGUUGGGGCUGGACUUCAGGCUGGCUCCAUCAACAGCGACAUGUUCCUCUUCUCGCGCUGGACCCUCGGCUUCGGCGUGCCCCUCGCCAUCGUCAACGCCUCCUCGCUCAUCGGCGAGCUCUCCUACGAGCGCGAGCGCGCCACCAUGACCUCCCUCUUCUCCUCCUCCUGGCACGUCGGCGCCAUCGUCGCCGCCGGCGUCACCUACGGCACCUUCCAGAUGGCGUCCACCUGGGCCUGGCGUCUGCCCUCCCUGCUCCAGCUAGUCCCCUCCCUGUGCCAGAUAGCGACGCUGCCGUUCUGCCCCGAGAGCCCGCGGUACUUGAUCAGUGUCGACCGGGCGGAUGAGGCGCACGAGGUGCUGAGGAGGUACCAUGGGGAGGGCGAUGGGGGGGACGAGUUCGUGAGGCUGGAGUUUGCGCAGAUCCAGAGUACGCUGGCGAUGGAGAGGGAGGUUGCGAAGGCGUUUGUGUGGGCGGAUGUUUUUAGGGACCCCCCUAUGAGACGCAGAUUCCUGCUCGCUGCUAUUGUCGGGUUCUUCACCCAAUGGAGCGGAAACGGACUACUUAGCUUUUACAGGUAUGUGAAUUCUACAACGCUACUCUUGAAAAAAAUCCUCAACCUCGUCGGCAUAACCGAGAACCGGACCGUCCAGAAAGUGAUCCUGAGCUACACGUGCUGGGGGCUGAUCAGCGCGGUGCCCAUCGCGAUCAUCGUGCCGCGGUACCGGCGGCGGCCGAUGUUCCUGACGUGCACGGUCGGCACGUGCGUCGUGUACACGGUGUGGACGAUCGCGUCGGCGCGGUUCGCGAUCGAGAACUCGGCGAGGGCCGCGAUCCCGGUGCUGGUUUUCAUCUUUGUUUAUUCGCCCUUUUAUAACAUCGGAUGGAACGCACUGAACUACACAUACAUGGUCGAAAUAUUCCCCUACCAGCAGCGCGCCAAGGGGAUCUCCGUGCAGCAGCUCACCGUCCGCUUCGCCGUCUUCUUCAACACGUACGUGAACCCCAUCGCCAUGGACCGCAUCGGGUGGCGGUACUACAUCGUGUACUGCGCGUGGAUCCUGUUCGAGGUCCUCGUCGUGUACCUGCUCUUCCCCGAGACGCACAACCGGACGCUGGAGGAGCUGUCCUUCAUCUUCGAGGGGAAGGGCGUCCAGGAUAAGGUCCAGAGCAAUGUCGACAAGCAGGUCGCGCUGCAGAUUGAGAUGGAGGAGAGGGAGGGGGGCAGGGCGGCGGCGAAGGUGUGA